UUCAUAUCAUUCAUCUUCAUCAACUCAUCAUCAUCUUCUUCACCAUCCGAUGUUAAUUGGGCCUGCAAAAAUUACUUGUGCAACUCUAGCAGUCUUUCCUUCAAGAACCUAAAAAAGCUAAAAACUUUGGAUAUUUUAGUUUGCACCCAACAAAAGAAAGCAUCUUAUGAUAUCAAUCCAAUCAUCUUUUCAUAAGAUCUUUAUGUCUUGAUUAGAAGAAAUCAAGAAUCUAUUGUGGUGCAAGCAAAUGUCUAAUACCUUAAGAAGAGAUGAUACACAAGAGCUGCAGAAGCAAUUAGGAUGCAUGAAUGGGAUUUUUCAGAUCUUUGACCGGAGAUAUCUUCUUGGUCAACGCCGCCAUAGCCACAACCAGAAGAAGCUACCUCAAGGUAUGAAUAUAUAAGAAUAUUUGUGUUCAAUUUAUUUUUAGGCUUAUUGAAAUUGUUUUUCUGUAACGAGCCGUCCUCAUGGACCUCGAACCAGGGACCAUGGACAGCGUCCGAUCCGGUUCGUACGGUCAGAUCUUCAGGCCGGAUAACUUUGUGUUCGGGCAGUCUGGUGCCGGAAAUAAUUGGGCGAAAGGUCAUUAUACGAAAGGAGCGGAGCUUAUUGAUUCUGUUCUUGAUGUUGUUCGGAAGGAAUCUGAGAAUUGUGAAGAAGAUGAGAUGUACAACAAACCAUUGCAGGCCCAAUUGACAUCGGAUGGUGAAGAAGAUGAUGAUGAGUUGAUGAAGAUGAAUGAUAUGAAGAUGAAUUGGGGUAGGAGAUGAACAGGGGGUGUUAUUAGGGUUUUAAAAGGGGGAAACACAAGUGGGGGAGGGGAAAUGACUGUUUUACCCUUGUGUGCAAUGCACAUGGUAUAACUUAACAGAAAAUUCUAACUGGGUUUGCCUUAAAGGACAUAACGUGCAGGAUUUUGAAACGUUAAGGACAAAACUCAUCAAUUUUAAAGGUAAAGGACAACGCCUGAAAUUUGUGACAAACAUAAAGGACAAAACUUGUAAUUUACUC